AUGUUUUGGCCUCACCAUGCAAGAUUGGCUGAGAAAGCCUCAACCAAAAGCACCACUCUCUUGAGCACGGAACUUUUGAUGUCAGAUAGAGAAGGCUUUUUGAAUUGGAUCCGGAUUUGCGAUCCUGACAAUGACUACGAGAACGUGAGCCGCAGCAUGGAUGGCCCAGCCCCUCCGCUAUACUAUGCAUCGCUGGCUGGGUUGUUCGAGUCAGUAAAGAUGCUGAUCGAGGGGAGUGUGAAUGUUAAUGCUCAAGGUGGAGAUUAUGGCAAUGCACUUCAAGCAGCGUGCCUCGAAGGACAUAUUGACGUCGUAGGCCUCCUACUUGAUAACGGAGCUAAUGUCAAUGCUCAUGGUGGAGAUUUUGGCAAUGCACUUCAAGCAGCGUCAUACAAAGGAGAUAUUGACGUUGUACACGUUCUGCUUGAUAAUGGAGCUAAUGUCAAUGCUCAGGGUGGGGAUUUUGGCAAUGCUCUUCAAGCAGCGUCAAUCUUGGGAUGUAUUGACGUCGUAGGCCUCCUACUUGAUAACGGAGCUGAUGUCAAUGCUCAUGGUGGAUACUAUGGCAAUGCACUUUGUGCAGCGUCAGCCUCGAGACAUAUUGACGUUGUAGGCCUCCUACUUGAUAACGGAGCUAAUGUCAAUGCUCAGGGUGGGGAUUAUGGCAAUGCUCUUCAAGCAGCGUCAGUCUUGGGUCGUAUUAACGUCGUAUGCCUCCUACUUGAUAACGGAGCUGAUAUCAAUGCUCAGGGUGGACUUCAUGGCAAUGCACUUCGUGCAGCAUGUGACGCUGGAAAGAAAAUCUUGAUAACGGGUGAUAUCAAUGCUCAGGGGGCAUAUGGCAAUUGA